AACUUUUUAAAAUAAUUGGUGGGUCGAAUACUCGAAUGUAUGUGUAAUCAGUCAAUCUAUUACAACUAUGCUCAUACUACCAGGCGACGACUAGUUGCGUAUUGAGAGUUUUAAAAACCACUGAAAACACCAAUAAUACAACAAAUCAAAUAUAUCCUCACAAUCUCCAAUAACAAAAAGAAAAGGAAAAAAAUUAAAAAUUAAAAAAGAAACAAUGGAUGAGAGAAAAGUGAGGAAAAUAAUCAUGUUCCCUUUACCGUUUCCGGGACACUUCAACCCAAUGAUCCAACUCGCCAGAAUAUUCCAUCACCGUGGCUUCCCCGUCACGAUCCUUCACACUUCUUUCAACUCCCCAAAUCCUUCUCACUAUCCACUCUUCGCUUUUCGAACCAUCCCUCACAACAACGAAGGAGGAGAAGAUCCUCUGACUCAACCAGAGGCUUCUAGUAUGGAUCUUGUCGCCUUUAUUCGACUGCUGAGACAAACCUAUGCGGAGACGUUUCGUCAGUCUCUGGCGGCGGAAGUAGGCGGAGGAGAGACGAUGUGUUGUUUGGUCUCCGACGCUGUUUGGGCGAGGAACACGGAGGUUGCAGCCGAAAAGGUCGGAGUACGUAGAGUAGUGUUGAUUACAAGUGGUGUGGCGUCGUUUUGUGCUUUUGCUGCUUUCCCUCUCCUUAGAGAUAAGCAUUACCUCCCUAUACAAGAUUCUAGAUUAGAUGAGCUAGUGACAGAGUUUCCACCUUUGAAAGUUAAGGAUCUUCCGGUAAUGGAAACGAAUGAGCCGGAGGAACUAUACCGGGUAGUUAACGAUAUGGUUAAAGGAGCCGAGUCUUCUUCAGGACUCAUAUGGAACACAUUCGAAGAUCUUGAAAGACUCUCACUCAUGGAUUUUAGGAGCAAGUUUCAAGUUCCCAUAUUCCCGAUUGGCCCGUUUCACAAACAUAGCGAAAAUCUUCUACCGAUGAUAAAGAACAAAGAAGACCAUGUAACAACCGAUUGGCUCAAUAAGCAAGAUCCCAAGUCUGUGGUCUAUGUAAGUUUUGGGAGCCUUGCAAAUAUAGAGGAGAAGGAGUUUCUCGAGAUUGCUUGGGGUCUAAGAAACAGUGAACGACCGUUUUUGUGGGUAGUUAGGCCCGGGUUAGUCCGAGGGACUGAGUGGCUGGAAGCAUUGCCUAGUGGAUUUGUGGAAAACAUUGGCCAGAAGGGAAAAUUUGUAAAAUGGGUGAAUCAAUUAGAGGUAUUGGCGCAUUCUGCGGUUGGGGCGUUUUGGACGCAUUGUGGAUGGAACUCGACACUAGAAAGCAUAUGUGAAGGUGUUCCCAUGAUAUGUACACCGUGUUUCACGGACCAGUUUGUGAAUGCGAGGUACAUUGUUGACGUAUGGCGAAUCGGGAUUGAGUUAGAGAGAACUACGAUGGAUAGGAAGGAGAUUGAGAAGGUGUUACGAAGUGUAGUGAUAAAGGAAGGAGAUUUAAUUAGAGAGAUGUGUUUGAAAUUGAAAGAGAGAGCUACUGUUUGCUUAAGUAUAGAUGGGUCUUCUUCCAUAUAUCUAGACACACUUGUGAAUCAUGUCCUGUCUUUUGAUCCUUAUGAUGUUGCAAGUUAGAAAAGCUACUAGUUGCGAUGUUUCUAAACACUCUUCAAAUCUUUGGAUGUCCUGUUUUAUUAUUUUAGUAAAGAGUAAUGUUGUUGGUUGUUA